AUGGCGAGAAGUCAACUUGUACCAACUUGCCAAGGCGGCUUGUACAAACUCACCAAGGCUCCCUGUUUGAGACAAGAAGGUGACUUGUACAAACUCACCAAAGCUUCUUGUUUAAGACAAGAUGGUGACUAUUACAUGUACAAACUCACCAAGGCUUCUUGUUCAAGACAGGAAUGUGACUUGUACAAACUAACCAAGGCUCCUUGUUUAAGACAAGAAGGUGACUUUUACAAUCUCACCAAAGCUUCUUGUUUAAGACAAGAAGGUGACUUGUACAAACUCACCAAAGCUCCUUGUUUAAGACAAGAUGGUGACUAUUACAUGUUCAAACUCACCAAGGCUUCUUGUUUAAGACAGGAAGACAAUUGCAUCAGGAUUGAAGGAAAAAAAGAAGUAACCAUUCUAGGAGGGCUUAAUGAAUUCAUUGUCAAAUUCUAUGGACCUAAAGGAACACCGUAUGAAGGGGGGAUAUGGAAAGUCAGAGUAGAUCUACCAGACAAGUAUCCUUAUAAGUCACCUUCUAUUGGCUUCUUGAACAAAAUAUAUCAUCCAAAUAUAGAUGAGGCUUCUGGGACAGUCUGUUUAGAUGUUAUCAAUCAAGCUUGGACACCGUUGUAUGAUUUAUCAAAUAUAUUUGAGCAGUUCCUUCCACAACUACUGAGCUAUCCUAAUCCGGUAGACCCUCUCAAUGGAGAUGCUGCAGCGCUGUUCUUGCACAAACCAGAUGAUUAUCAGAACAAAAUCAGGGAAUAUAUUAAAAGAUAUGCAACAGAGGAAGUACUGGAAGAGCAAGAGAACCCUUCAUCGUCAAGUGAAAGUUCCAUGAGUGAUUUUUCAGAAGAUGAAACAGAAGGAAUGGAGCUAUAGCACUAGCCCCCUCCCUCUACCCUUUUAUUCCUACCCCUGUUUCCACCCACCCCUUGUCCUUUUGCAAUCUUAGCCCCUUUUUUGUACAGUAAUCCCUUAGAAUUGAAAUGUUUUUAAAGAAGAAAUGUGGAAGUGUCGGUUAUACCUAGUUCCAAGCCAUGUUAACAUUGCUGGGAAAAAGAUGUUUGUUUGAUUAUAAUCCAGCACCAAUGAGUUGGCAGAUUUGAUAUGGUUGGUUUCAAGAGAGUUCAAGUCAUGAUUUGAAUACCAGGUUUCCAUUAGAAAACAAAUUUAGUCACAUUUGACUCACCCAAUAUUUGCAAGUUAAAAUUGACACACUUCUGUUGAAGGUGAUUUUUUUACAAAAUCCUACUCUGACAUUUUUCACUCUGGAUAUUGUCAGAAAGUUGACAUGAUUCUAUUAAACACAGUCUUGAUUUCAGUUAAAGAAUUAGCUUUCAUAGGCAAUUCCAUAAAAUAAUCAACCCUUUUGUAUUUAUUUUACUAAUUUUCUCCCUAUUUAGCUCACUUCACAAGCUGCUCAAGCCAUGAUAAUUGAAGGAUUAAAACUUUUCAUAUAAUGAUAAUAAUAAUACUGAAUAUUUAUAAUGAACCCUGUCUGUUAAAGUUGACACUCUUGGUGCAAGAAUAUAAAAAAUCUGCAACCAUUGAGUACAUCCUUUCUGAGUUAUUGUGAAUAUCAGCACCAAAAAGGAUAUUUUUUUUAUGGAAGUGUGUCAAUUUUGAUGAGAAUCGUGGAGAAUCUGCAGGGGAACCUGUUCAGUCACAGACUACAUUGUUCUAUUGGAGUGUUUUUUUAUAAGCUAGCCAGCAUUUAUAGAACUUUCUGGUAUGGAUCAUUAUGCAUUGGUGCUAAAGAUUUUGAGAAGGCAUAGUAUUGUAUGUUUGCCAUUAAAGAUUUCAACUCUUUUCUUGAUGGCAAAAGUCUGUCUAGUAAAGAAAGAUCGUAAAUGGACAUUUCGCAUGAUUGAAAAUGUGUAGUGUAAAAGGGGUACCCCUCUUCAUCACAGUAUCUGUGGUACACAAGCAAAAGCACUGCACUUUAGCUCUUGAGCUUGAUUUGAUUGGACCAGAAUUUGCACACAUGAACUUCUAUCAGGGUAUAAUAAAGCAACGAAACUGUCGGCACUGAAGGCUGUGUUGCAUAAAACCAGAUUCAAACAAUAUGCCAUUUAGAUUUAAAUACCUUCCAGCUACGAAAGAGUCGGCUGUGUGAACAAAUUUUUACAUAUUUUCAACAGAGGAAAGUAGAGACAAAAAGAAAUGGGCAAAUGGUUAGCCUUAUAUUAGCCAUGUAUUUCCGAAUUCCCAGCAAUGUGAACAUGGUCAAAGUUUAACUUACCACUGUGUCAGUUCUUUGCUUUCUAAUCUUUUUAAAGAUCUAUUUUUAAAAUGUAUCGAUAUGAAUAGAGUAUUUAUUUGAGAGGAGCAGAAUGGGAAGCUAGUAUGUCGUCUAGCAUGGCCUUGUAACAUAGUUAGAUACCAUUUACAAUUGAUUGGCAUUUUUGAAAAGGUUUGUCAUAGAUAAUCGAUUGCAAAAUUGAAUGUUUCUUUUAUGUUACAGGGCCUAGAUGUUAUAUAAAAGUCUAAAGUGUGGUGUCAUGAAUGUAUUUCGUCAGGUGUAGCUCUAUGCUUUUUCUCGUCAACAUAUAAUCAUCAUUUUUAUCUUGAAAUCUAAUCACUCUUAUUUCUUUCUUCUUUUUCUCAUUUUUUUAUCAUAAGAUGAAAUGCAAAAUCACUGUGUAUUUGUUGCAUAAAAGGACAUAGAUUUGUGGGCAUUUUUUUAUUAUUUGAUUAGAUCACGAUGAUGGUUCGCUUUUUAAGCAGAAAUUUCCCUGUAAAAUUUCACUGAUACUAUAAAAGAAGAGAAACUUGUUCCUGUCCUGUGAUAAUUUGGAUGUCCCCUUAUGGUUUUCAAAAAUAAGAAUAUAUUGUGGGAAUCACAGUGAACCUUUUUUCUGUCUUAUGUAUUUUUUUUUCAAUUUCAUUGAAAUAAUCUCUGAAACUCCAUAAACAAAAUAGAUAAAGUACCUCAGCGACACUGUAUGAAACUGAAGAACAGAAAGAAAUGUGGUAUUAUAAUCUUGGUUAAUGUAUUUUUGCUUUAACAAGGAAGUUCCAUCCUGUGGAUUCAUAUGAUUUAAACCCUUAAACAAGUUGAGUAAAACAGUGUUGGGUUAGAAAGGUAUACAUGUAAUGCACAUUUGAGGGUGAAGUUUGAGUAAUUGAUUACCAGACUAGGGUAGUCCUCUGUACACACUGAUUAACAUCAAAGUGUUUGCAUUUUAUGGGUUUUUUUUUACCCAGUAUUGAGGAAGCCUUUUUUAGAAUGUUUGAAAUGAUAGUGCUGUGUGAAGAAAAAUCACUCCCAAGUCAUGAAUACCAAUCAUCCACUUUGAUGUAACGUUAAUUUGAUUCAUAGAUAUUAAUUUUUGAUUGCACAUGUGUCAAGUGUUCUUAAAUAUAUCUGUUUUAAAGAGAGGGAUGGCUGUUUGACUUGAAAGCUGCAACUUUAACCAAAUGAUACAUAUACAAUCCUCCCUCCCCCUAAUUUGCUGCUUGAGUGUUAAUGUUAUAUUAAUUUCCAAUAUGUAAUUUCAUUAUGCCUUAUUUAUAUUGUUAAAGAUUAAGAAGAACUCAAACUCAUGUUUAUAUGUUUAAUUAAUCAGAGGGAAAAUAUAAUAUAUCUGAGUUCCGAUCAAUUGUUCCAUACUUAUCAAACAUGCUAGGUGUUUACAAUAUAAACACAUUGACCCCAUUUUUUCAUUUAUUUUGAUAAAAUGAACAACUAAAUUAAUUGAAAAUGUAUGAGCAAUUAUAGCAAUUUGGUGGUGUUUCCAUAAGAUAUUACUUAAUAUACCUCCACAUAAAUCCUUGUGAUUUUUCAUCAGCUUAACGAAACAAUAUUUCUCAAAUCCUAUAACCAGUCUGAAUUUCUUAUUCUUGGCAUCUGCAUUUCUUUGUUUGUAUACUCUCAAAAUUAUCCCUUUUUUCAUAUACCAAUAUAUGAAUGUACAUGAGUUGGUUUUCAACAUGCUUUUUAUCAAUGAAAGACUUUUUAUUUUAGUUUUUACACUAUUCAAAUCUUUUGGAAAGAAGGAAAUGUAUGUAUUUCAAUAGAACUCAUUUGUUUUAGAUAGUAGAUAAAUAACCUAUCAAAUAUGAUUUAAAAAAAAAAUUUUAAUGUCACAAACAUUUUUAGUUUUCAAAUUAAUUCAAUAUUUUAUAGAACUUUUAUACAUUCGGUAGUAGUUAAAGUUAUUGCAUCCUUAGUGCUACUGAAUGUAUCAAGAUAUAAUUUUUUUUUUUAAUUUGAAGUUUCAUUUUCCAACGGCUUAUCAUCUGAAUUGUUCCUUGUCUGAAAGUUGUUGUUUAUAAGGCUUGGUAUUCGGGAAGCCCAUGAAAUCAAUAUGAAAUAAGGUUCAUUUAUCUGAGAGGAAAAAACCCCUGGAAUUUCAAACAAAGUCUGUUUAAUGGAGGAUGAAAAAAGUACAUGUAUGUCCUCAAUUAGAUGGUUUCAGACUAAGGCUGCGUUUAUGCGACCUCAAGCCAGAAUCAUGAUUUGAAUCAUGAUUCAAAACACAAACAUGAAUCACAAUAUCACAGAAUCAGCGUUUAGACAACCUUCAUUCAAAUGCUGUUUCUCCUCAGAUUCGGGCCAAUCCAGUGCGCAUCACUAGUGCGCAGUUUGACAGAGGAAGUUUUUCGCACGUGUUUCGGCUCUAGAAAAAUCUUUUGCUUCCAGAAUUCAGUCUAUACCUCAUUUUGUUUACUUCUAUCAUAUAGGGUCCAUAUGCUUCUAUUCAUCUUGUUAGUUUAUCCAAAAUGGUGUUCGGAAGUGAAUUUUAGCGUAGAUCCAAUUUAAUAUUGAUACUGUAUACUCAA